CACACACUCAACCACUUACCAGUCACUAGUCACUCGUCAAAAAAGAGACACAUCUUUGGACUUGUUGCUCUUUCUUUCUCUUUCUCUUUCUCUCUCUCUCUCUCACUCACUCUCACUCUACUGUCUCUGUCUGCUGCCUACGAAUAGUCCCCCACCCCUUUUUUCAUAUCUUUUCACAAAAGAAAAAAAAAAUAACCCUAUUGGCUUGUGCCGAAAAAAUAACCAAUGUCCACCACUGUGUCUUCUUACCGAGCAUCCGCAUUGACAGACGACAAUGACUCAUUGCAACAACAACAGCAACAGCAACAGCGACCCACACUUGCAAGCCGUCGUCGCUUUUCUUCCGCUUCCGUCAUUGCACAAAUUACGCUUUUAGGUUAUCCACCCAAGAUUCAGCCCCAAUCCUCUGCCACGAGGGAUCAGGGUCGGGGUGGUCACCGUUCUUCCACUUGUUCCUCUUCUUCCCGCCGCUCCCUUCAACAACACUCACCACCACCACCACCACCACAACUGCCGACACCCACAGAACCUGUCACUAGUAGUGACGGCCUGAACUUUUGUCCUCCGUCAGUUCGGGAUUGUGGUGAAUUGGACGCUGUUGACCAAGAAGCCGGUUGUAUUCUAAUUGCACUGGCUAACCAUGACCCGAACAAGGUUGUUGUUGCCAAAACAACAGAGCUUUUGACCAAGUCUGUGGUAGCAAAGAGCGAUUCUGAAAGUACGACGAGUAGUAGCAGUUACAGCAGCGCAACAAGUACACCUACAAAGAGUCCAACAACGAGUAACAGUGGCAAUUCAAUGUCGAUCAGUAAUUUGCUAGGCAAUUCAGGCAAUUCAGGCAAUUCAGGCAAUUCAGGCAAUUCAGGCAAUGGCACAUUGACGCCUCAACAAGAUGUCCACAGUCCAGGAGUACAGCAGCCGGAGACUGUUAGCAAUGGUGAUAGUCAUACUCACAGUAGCAAUGUGACCUGGCAAGAAAGUCGGUCCGGUUAUGGUGCUACUCAUUCGACGACGACGACGACGACGACGACGUCGACAGCACCUGAUCUUUCCGCAGAAUCAGAUCCAAUCAUGAUCUUGGCAGCGGCGGCGGCGGCAGUGAACGAAGAAGAUGAAAACAAAGCAGCAGCAGCAGCGGCAGGGUCAGACAGCAGCAAUGCCCAUUACAAUGUCAUGCGAUCAUAUGGUUACUCCCAUGAGGCAUCGGAAGAAGAAGAAGAAGAAGCAAGACCGCCCUCCAAGCGCAAAUGGCAUCACGGCGGCUAUCAGCAUCCCCAUAAUCCUUAUAACGAUGGUGAUGCUACAGUGCCAGCAUCGACGGCAGAGGAAGAUGAUCCAAGCGAGUUGUAUAGCGACAAGCGUCAUCGUUACAAUCAUCAAGCAGAGAACACGUGGCAGCAAGAUCUAUCGACACAUGAGCUGGACAGCCGAUCAGGAUCCUCCAAGAACGCCUUUUCAUGGCAGUACUUGUCCAUGAAACAGAACCCGAGGAUUAAGCGGAAUGCAAUGCAUGCAUACAUUACAUACAUGAUCUAUACUGAUAUGACCCAUGCACGAUCGCGCUCUGACAGCAAGACAUUCCCUCUCAAAAGUAGCUAUCCACGUGAGAGUGCCGCAUCCCCGCCCACUGCAGGUGCUGCCAAUGGAACCGGCAGCAGCAGCAGCAUAUCAGGUGGCAAUGGUGCUGCUGCUGGUGGCCAGUAUAGUCCCAAUCGGGGAUACAGAUUCCAUACAAACGAAGAGGAGCGGACACCGGCUUACAAUUACAGGCCAGAGCCACCCAUCAAUAGCAACGUCACCAAUGGUGCCACGAGUCGAGGAACAUCAGUAACAUCAGUAACAGCAGCAGCAGCAGCAGUAGUAGUAGCACCACCACCACCACCCGCUACGACCACUUUGACCACGGCGACAGCGGCAGCGGAGGCCACUAGCAACAGUGCAUCUGCAUAUCCAACCCCUACACACACCGACAUUGUCAUGCAGUUUUCCUCAGAGAGUAGCAAUAGUGCUGCUGCUGCUACUACUACUACUACUACUACUACUACAGUAAACGUUGCUGGUAAUAGCAGCAGCAGCAGCAGCAGCAGUCAUCAUCAUCACCACGUCCAUCACGCUCAACAUCACAGUAACACGAGCACCAGCAGCCACAACCACUCGCACCAUCACAACCACCACCACCACCAGCAUCAUCCUUCUUCGGCACCGUCCGAGUCGUCUUGGUAUCGAUCAUCGUCCUCUGCAUACAUGCCGCCACCUCCACCUCCGCCUUCCUCCAACAAUGAGCACCAGCGACUACAUUCACCCGCGCCUCCUCCUGUGCCACCGCCGGCACUGUCGUCUACAGCCAUUGUCGAUCGACCGUUGACAGCGUUCUUGUGGGAUGAUACUACGUCAUCAUCCAAAGGAGCCCAUGUACGACAGGACAGUAGCAUUGCUCUUCAGCCAUUAUCAUCUUCGACCCAUCCGUUCGCAUACAAAGAGAAUUGAGCUCGAUAACUUUUACAAAAAGACCGAAUGGAAAUAGGGUUUUCUUACCUUUAGUGUGUUUACUACCGUCAUAUCUCGUUAUCGACACGUGCUUAUAUUCCCCCCCCACCACCACCACCACCGUGCCCCAUCUACCCUUUUUCUUUCUAACCUCACAGACGUGGUGUUUUUGCUAUUACAUUUUUGCCCUCUUUUUUUUU